CGAAUACAGGCGUUAACCCUCCAUAGUAUAGGAGUCAAAAUGUCUAAAAUCGAAGAUAAAACUGGGGUCAAAAAAGACACACUAAAGGCUCUUCUUCGUAGGGCUAAGGCACGGGGAUAUAUACCAGGUAGCCCUAUCAAGGACGAACAUGUCGCUAAUAUACCAAAGUCUAGGAGGCCG